AUGUCUGUCGAAUUACAGGAUCUCUCUGAUGGGCAGACCUUGGCCCAGCGUGAUGAUGAGAGCCAUGAGGAGCAACAUUUACCACCCGUAGAUGGAGGACCAGGGGCAUGGAAGUACUUGUUUGCGAGCUUUGUCAUUGAAGCUGUUCUCUGGGGAUUUACACUCACUUUUGGUGUUUUCCAGGAGUACUAUUCAAAGCAGCCCGAAUUCGAGGGGAGCAGCAACAUCUCCGUGAUUGGUGCCAUCUCCACCAGUAUGUAUUUUCUAGGAGCUCCCAUUGCAAGCCCGCUAGUACGGAGAUAUCAGCACUGGCAGAGACACAUGGUCGUGGUCGGCUCGGCGCUGUGUGUGCUCGCUCUGCUGGCAGCCUCGUUUGCCACCUCGGUACCGGGUCUCAUCGCCACCCAAGGGUUUCUGUAUGGGCUCGGCUUCGCCAUCCUGGGCUUCCCCGUCCUGCGCAUGCUCGACGAGUGGUUCGUACGCCGCCGUGGACUGGCGUAUGGGCUGCUAUACGCUGGUGGCGGUCUGGCCGGUGCUGGACUGCCGUUUCUGCUCCAGACCCUGCUUGCAAAGUACGGUUACCAGACCACUCUGCGGGCUGCGGCCGUUGCCCAGUUUGUCCUGGUUGCCCCGAUAUUGCCCAUGGUCAAGGCUCGCCUGCCAACAUCGAAUAAUGGUGCCCUGCGAGCCGUCGACUGGUCUUUCCUGAAGAACCCGCUCUUUUGGUGCUUUGCCCUGUCCAACCUGUCCCAGGGUCUGGGCUUUUAUAUCCCGUCGCUAUUCCUACCAACCUUUGCUUCGGAUCUAGGACUGGCUGGUACCAUGGGCGCCCUGAUAUUGGCCGCCAACAACCUCGCGAGCGUCAUGGGCCAGCUCAGCUUUGGCUACCUGUGCGACCGCGUCGGCAACGUGCUAGUCCUCGUGUUUGCCUCGUCCUUUGUCUCGUCGGCCGCCGCCUUUUGCCUGUGGGGGUUUGCCCGGUCGCUGGGCGCCGUGCUCGCCUUUGCCCUCGUCUACGGCUGGUUCGCGGGCGCCUUUGUCGUCUUUUGGCAAAAGUUUGGCUCCACGCUGUCCCAUGAUCCGCAGCCCAUCCUCUCGCUCAUGGCUUUUGGCAAGGGCGUUGGCAACAUCCUAGCCGCUCCCAUUGCCGCCGAGCUCGUGACGCGCCCCGUCAGCUCGGGCUAUGGCCUGGGAAAGUUUCAGGCUUUGAUAUUGUUCCUCGGCGCUUCCAUGUUUUGUUCUUCUCUAGGCAUUCUUGGGUCGCCCCUUAGGAAGCGCAGAUGA